AUGGGUACACCACUUACAGAAACGGUUAUCAUUACUGGUGGAAAUGGGUUAUUGGGGUCGGAGAUCGCCAUCGAGAUCGCAAAAAAACAACCUUUCGUCCAUCUAUUAUUGACCGCACGAGAUAUAAGGACCGACGAUGUCCGCGAUUUGAUGGGGAAGAUCCGCUUGAUCGGCCCGAGGUCGAUCGAGGUUCUCGCUCUUGACCUGACCGAUCUGAAAUCCGUGGCAUCUUUCGCCAAAACUACCGUCGAUCGUGUUCAUUACAAAGAUAUUCCACCUGUGACCAAUCUAAUUCACUGUGCUGUCGCUACAUCUUACGUUAUUGAUGACCUCACAUCAGAUGGCUACGACCCUGUGUAUCAGACAAAUUGUCUAUCUCCAUUUUUAUUAACCAUUGGACUGCUCGAGGCUUUCCGGGCUGGAGAUGGUACACCAAAAGGCGGAGCGAAGGUCAUCAACAUCGGCUGUUCUGCGACAACUUCCGGGAGAUUGGAUUACUUCGACCGCGACAAUGGAAGACAUGGAAAGCAACCGGGAACUGCGCUCGGUGCAAAGGAAGAGAAUAUUCGUUUCGGGAGCAGCAAGUUAAUGGCGAGUGUCGCAUUAUAUGCGUUGAGGCGGAGCUUGAUCUGGACCGGCAAUAUCUCACUCGACAUCUUCACCUUGGAUCCAGGAGGCAUGACUGGUCCGAGUAAUUUGCGGACCGGGGCGCCUAUGUCGGUCAGAGUCGCACACCAGACUCGGUCCGGACUUCGGCCAUUCCUGCGCAUCGUAUCGCGAAGCUCCAUGAACAAAGUCAGUGUUCCAGCCAAGGCGAUCGCCAGAGUUGCAUUCCACAUCGACACGGUGGAGAACUGGCAAAAGGAACGCUACUUUAUUCUCGAUAGCGAGUACGAGGCCGCAUCCGUCUUGCCUAGCUUGCGUAAUGGGGAAAAAGUGAACAAGCUAUUGCUGCAGAUGAUGCAAAUGGUUGAAGUGGAAACAAAGCAGAUGGACUCUCCUCCUCUUCGACCUCAAUUGAGCAUGCUCUCGCCUACACUUGCACUGUGA